AAUUUGUAACCGGUGUCUACUCUCUUCCUGGUUGAUGUGGACAGAAGAAGUGCUGGGGUGAGGUCUGUUGUUGUAGCUGUGUAAAAACAUGGAGAAAAUCAGGCUAUUUGGGACAGAAAAGCCAAGCGAUUCACCGAGUUAAUCAGCGUGUAAACGCGUAUUUUACUCGGCGCUAACAGACGCUUAUUUGGGCCGCUUCCUCUUUCAAACCGCUACUGUUUUGACGGAGCAGCUUCCCUUUUAGCUCACGGUAGCUGAUAAUGCUAAUGCUAAUGCUACCAGCCAAACAGUGCUAUUACUUUAGCCAGAGUGAUCUCUAUGGCUCUGACUUCAGCUAUCUGUAGCUGCUACUGCUAAUGCUACAUGCUACCAGCCAGACAGUGCACCUGUCACCGGCUUCUUUGUGCAUCUCCUGUCGGUGUCUUCGUGUCCUGUUGUCUGCUAUGUGUCUCAACUUGUAAACAACUAACUUGGCUUCUAAUUCAUCUGUGUUUUGUCGCCUUUUUGACAUUUUAGUCGCUUUUUUCGAGUUUUUUUUCUCGACGUUUUUGACGCUCUUUCUAACGGUUUAGUUACGGUUUUUUUUCCCUGGUUUUUUCAGCAUUGUUCUAACUUUUUAAAGUGUUAUUGUCUAAAUUGAUUUAUAUUUUAGUCGUUUAUUCCAACGUUUUACUCGCGUUUUCUCUACGUCUUUGUAGCUUCCGACGUUUUUGUUGUUUUUCCAAUUUUUUUUAGACUUCAUUUUGUUACAUUUAUCUUAUUUUCCUUCCACAUUGACAAUAAUGUCGUAGUAAAACAACAAAGAUUGAAUGACAGCUCAACACAGCCCCACUCAUUUAUAAUGAGCCUAGUUUUACUCCCAACGUCAAUAUAUUUAGGAACAAUUCAUCAAAAUUGAGGUUUGAGAAGAUGAACUGAGUCCCUGCGUCCAGCAGACAUGUAACUGUUAUAAACGGUUAUCAGCGGUUGUGUUAUGAACUGUGUACAGUGCGCGCCACUGGAGACUUCCAAACACAAACAGUUUCUAGCUUAAAUCCCGAGAAGAAAGAGAUGGCGUCCUCCAAAGUAAAAGUGGGAGUCAGCGGGGAGAAAGAGAGUAAAAGCAGCGGUUCUGCCGGAGGCGAAGCAACAAAUACCCGGAUGUACUGCCUGGAGGACCUGGAGACCGUGGCCACAGUGGGCACUGGGACGUUUGGCAGAGUCUUCCUGGUUCGGGACAGGGAGAGCCGGGCCUUCUUUGCCCUGAAACAGAUGAAGAUCCCCGACGUGAUCCGGCUGAAGCAGGAGCAGCACGUCCACAACGAGAAGGAGGUGCUGUCAGAGGUCAACCACCCUUUCCUUAUCAGACUGUUCUGGACGCACCACGACGAGCGCUUUCUCUACAUGCUGAUGGACUACGUGGCGGGCGGCGAGCUCUUCAGCUUCCUGCGCAGUCGUGGGCGCUUCAGCAACGCCACCGGCCUCUUCUACACCGCCGAAAUUGUCUGCGCCAUCGAGUACCUCCACGCCAGAGAAAUCGUCUACCGCGACCUGAAGCCGGAGAACAUCCUGCUGGACAGCGAGGGACACAUCCGCCUCACCGACUUCGGCUUCGCCAAGAAGCUCUCCGACAGGACGUGGACUCUAUGUGGGACCCCCGAGUAUUUGGCUCCUGAAGUCAUCCAGAGUAAAGGCCACGGCCGAGCGGUGGACUGGUGGGCGCUGGGGAUCCUCGUCUUUGAGAUGCUGGCUGGUUACCCGCCUUUCUUUGACGACAAUCCGUUUGGUAUCUAUCAGAAGAUUCUGGCGGGAAAACUGGAAUUCCCUCGCCAUCUGGACUUCUACGUCAAAGACCUCAUCAAGAAGUUUCUGGUCAUCGACCGAGCCAGACGCCUCGGAAACAUGAAGAAUGGAGCAGACGAUGUGAAGAAGCAUCGCUGGUUCAAGACCGUUGACUGGGAGGCCGUUCCUCUGAGGAAACUGAAGCCUCCCAUAGUUCCCAAAGUGUCCCAUGACGGAGACACCUCGAACUUUGACGUUUACCCGGAGGACGAGUGGAAGAAAGAUCCUCCUGUGCCUCCCAAGGACUUAGAGAUCUUCAAGAACUUCUGAUCCCCGAGCCUGCUUUAUUUAUUACGGACACAGCUCGCAAUCACGGAGAGAAAACCCAGGACAGACGCAUCAGAUCAACUCCAGGUGAUCGGUGCUGUGGAUCAAACCACAGAGAUGAUUUUCUUUUUAUAUUUUUAUUUAUCCGACUUAAAAGUCUUUGCUGUUUUCGUUCUCUCUGAGGCUGCACGUAUGCAAAUCAAAAGACUGUUACUUUCUACCUUUAAAAGAAAAAAAGAGAAGAAUCAGGUCUUUUUUUUUAUAUUAUGUUUUAUAUUUUAUCUCUUUUUAAACAAUGUUCAGACUGGUGCUGUGACUGUCAGCUGGCCAGUAGUCAUUAAUAAACUAUGUAAUUUACAAAAAGCUGAGCACUUACAGCACAGUUUGAUGUCUCACAGUUACAGUUCAGUUGAGGCUACAUCUACACUACUACAUUUUGGUUUAGAAACAAAUAUCUUUUGCUACUUUUACAUCUCGCAUCCACACUACAAUUUUCCAAACUCCAUUCAGAAAAAGUCGUUUGUCUGUCGCCUUGCGGACAAACUUCGGCAUACUUUGAUCCGUUUAUUUCCUAGAGAAGGCGUUAAAAUUGAGAAAUAUCAGCUCCUAAAAAAGAGCCCGUGGAAACACUGCGGUUUUGGUUUGAAAUGGCAUAUAUUUUGCUACUUUUACGCCUCGCAUCCGCACUACUGCUACAUUUCCGACAGACAUUUUGGAAACCUCUGCCUCCUGAUUUGGUCUCAUCCGUUAGUUUUUGUUUCAAAGAAAACGUAGCCGUGUAGAUAUAGCCUGAGUUUGCUUCCACGGCUCCGACUAUUUAAUCUCUGUUAUUACUGCAACCGCGUUCACUUCUCAUCAUCGUCAUUAUCAUUGUUGUCAUGUAAGAAAGGGGGUGAAAGGUGCUGGGAACAUUUAAAUUGUCGCUCUGUAGAGCUACAUCACUAUUCACAGUAUUCACUUUAUCGUGCAGAAAGCUUCUUUUUGGGCCUUUAAAAAAAGAAAAACAUGUAUUUUGUUUGCUACCAUUAAAAUCAAAGUGAUCAUGUGA